CGAAUAGGAAUGGGGGUGGGGGCAGAAGAAGAUCCUCGUGAAGCGAGGUCCGUUCACACUACGGGGGUCACAAAAGGUCAGCUCGGGCUACGGGGGCCCGGACGGACAGCCAGGAGCAGAUCUGAGCGGGCCGUGAGAUGAUUCGUUUCUGCUCACCGGAAGGAUGGGGAAACUGAGGGCGGCUCAGUAUGCCUGCUCCCUUCUUGGCCAUGCACUACAAAAACAUGGGGCCAGUCCUGAGUUACAGAAACAAAUUGGACAACUGGAGAGUCAUCUGAGCCUAGGAAGAAAGCUUCUACGACUGGGUAACUCAGCAGAUGCCCUUGAGUCAGCCAAACGAGCUGUGCACUUAUCAGAUGUUGUCCUGAGAUUCUGCAUCACUGUUAGUCACCUCAAUCGAGCUUUGUACUUCGCCUGUGACAAUGUCCUGUGGGCUGGAAAAUCUGGACUAGCUCCCCGUGUGGAUCAGGAGAAGUGGGCCCAGCGUUCAUUCAGGUACUAUCUGUUUUCCCUCAUCAUGAACUUGAGCCGUGAUGCCUAUGAGAUUCGCCUACUGAUGGAACAAGAGUCUUCAGCUUGUAGCCGGCGACUGAAGGGGUCUGGAGGAGGAGCCCCAGGAGGAAUUGAAAAUGCAGGACCUGGGGGUCCAGGGACUCCAGGAGGAGGCUUGCCUCAUCUGGCUCUCAAGCUCCAGCUCCGAGUCCUACUCUUGGCUCGGAUCCUUCGAGGUCAUCCCCCACUUCUGCUGGAUGUGGUCAGAAAUGCCUGUGAUCUCUUCAUUCCACUGGACAAACUAGGCCUCUGGCGCUGUGGCCCUGGGAUUGUGGGGCUUUGUGGCCUUGUGUCCUCCAUUUUGUCUAUUCUUACCCUAAUCUGCCCUUGGCUAAGACUCAAGCCCUGAUAUUCUGGUACAAGAUAAGGAGGGGAUCUGAAUUGGUAAGAUGCAAUCUUAGAUUGUCCCCAGUAUACCAGUCUCAUUCUAAUUCUCCUCCUCGGUUAAAGUGAAAAUCCCAGGAUUCAGGGGUAAGAGAGAGGAGCUUUGGGAAAGGUGAGGUGAGGAGAGGUGACUUAUGAAGUCAACGGGGUGAUUCUGAUGUUCAGAUCUUCCGGAGUUUUUGUUUUUUCCUCCUCCGGUGCAAUGUCUGUGUCUCUCUUGACCCCUUUUACUUUGUCUCUUCUGAGUCUAUUUAAGAUUCCGUCUCUACAUCUUUUUCUUUUUCUUUUUUUUUUUUUUUUUUUUACCUUCUCCGUUUGCUGUCCUGGGCAUUUUAAGCAGCAGCAGAAUUACUCUUUUUUGGUAAGGGGAGGUAGAAGGUGUGGUCUGUGAGGUUCUAACUGCCUUCAUCUUUUUCCUCACAAAAGUGACUUGUAGCAGAUUUUAUCCCUUUCAAAUGCCACCAGAUCAUAAUUUUAAAGACUUUUGUCCCAGUGGACUCUCCCCUUACGCACCAGAGAUGGUGCAAUGGUUCUUCCUUCAUGUCUACCUCACCGGCCUCCCUCAUGACUUGGCCCUUCCCUCUGCUCACACCUGCAGAUUUCCACUUACACUUUUAUUUCAGGGCUUUGUUCCCUAGCCUGUUCCCACCCCUUCUUUGCCUAUCCAGAAUGAUGCUGUGUCUGGCAUCUUGCUGUAAAUACUGUACAGUGAUUCUGUGUAAAUAGCUGUGGCCUGUGCCCACAAUGGAGAGUAGGCCUUUCAGGUCAGCACAUUAAAGAUCAGUUUGCUCAUCGA